AGUAAGGAGGAAGCAUCUCUCAUAUAAUCUCUCUUAAGUAUUCAAUCUCUCUUUCAAAAACAAAAAAAAAAAACCACUCCAACUUUAAUUUCUUUCUUUGUGAGUUGAGAAAACAAAAGAAAAAACAUCUCAGUUAGAGAAAGAACAAUGGCUGAGGAGUUUCAAGCGCUCACCAGGGCUUUCUCAGGGCUUGGAGGGCUAGGUGUAGAUGAGAGCACCAUGGUGUCGACGAUCGCGAAGUGGCAGAAGCAACCGGAGAAGCGAUCACAGUUCAGAAAAGGAUUCGCGCGCUUCUUCACGCCCCACGGUAGCAUUGAGAAGUGCGAGGACGAUUACAUGCUCCACCUUAAAACCGAAUUCUCGCGAUUCAAGAACAUCAUGGUGCUAUGGGCCAUGCAUCCGUGGGAACGGGACGCGCGAUGGGCGCACCACGUGCUCCACAAGGCCCACCCCUCCACCAUCAUCGUGGAGAUCGCCUGCACCCGAUCGUCGGAGGAGCUGCUCGGCGCGCGGAAGGCGUACCAGGCUCUCUUCCACCACUCUCUCGAAGAAGAUGUUGCAUACAAUGUCAAGGGCAACUACUGCAACCUCUUGGUCGGGCUCGUCAGCGCAUACAGGUACGAAGGCCCGAAGGUGAAUGAGGAAUUGGCGAAAUCGGAGGCUAAGGCGCUCGGUAACGCGAUCAAGAGCGCAGGCACAAAAGGUGAUCUUUUAGUGAAUGAUGAAGUUAUCAGGAUUUUAACUACAAGGAGCAAGCUGCAUCUCAGAGCCACUUUCAAACACUACAAGGAAAUUUUCGGGAAGUCGAUCGAGGAGGAUUUGAGUAGCGUCGAGAGCUUGCAAGAGACAGUCAAGUGCUUGGAUUCGCCUCCUAAAUAUUUCAGCCAGGUGAUUGAUAAGGCUUUUAAGGAGGGAGCAGAUAAAAGAGCGAAAGACGCUCUGACCCGCGUGUUUGUAUCUCGAGCAGAGGUGGACAUGAAGGAGAUCAAAGAGGCUUAUAACAAGCAGUACGGAGCUAAGCUCGAAGAUGUGAUCGCGAAGAACACUCAUGGUUACUACAAGGAAGCAUUGCUGUCCUUGGCUGGGAACUGAGAAAUGUGCUUGUUUUAACAGAUACAAAAAUGUUCCUUUUUUUUUCGAGGGUUGGUACUUCGUUGUCGUUUAAUCAUCUCUUAGUUCGAUAGUCACAUGCUGUGAUCUUCUCUAUCAGCGUCGGUUAUGUGUGUAAGGGUGCAAAUAAAAAUUUGUUCUUUUCAUUGAGAAAAAACAAGUAACAUUUAUUUAUAUUCUGCUCA